CCGGAAGCCAACGCCGAGGUCACGACGCGAGCCUGCCACGCACAGCUGCUCGGGCCCAGGCGGUCUCGGCUCGAGCGGGGGCUCUCGGCGAGGGCCCGGCCAGGCCAGCGCCGACGUGGUCCUGCAGCGCCCACCCUCUCUCUCCGUGCCCGCUCCGCCUCGCCAGACGCAGGGGCGGCGGAGCCCCCGGGCGGCGACGCCGCGCGGCGGCGGCAAGGGGCCGGCCAGCCCGAGAGCUCCCCGCCGAGGCGGGGGGACAGAUCGGCGGUCUUGCCUCGUUGCAGCUCAGGCGGCGUUGGCGGCGGCGGCAAGGAUGCCCGAGCCGGGCCGGCCGAGCACGGCGGGCCUGCGCGCCGAGCUGGAGGAGCUCCGCCGCGGCCUCGAGGCGCUGCGGCGGGAGGUGGCCACGCUCCAGGCGGCCGGCGCGGAGCCGGCGCCGUGGCCAGACCGCCUCGAGGUCGCGCACGCGUUCCGCGGGCCGGUGUUGCUCUUCCUCCAGAGAAGGCGGCGGAGCUCGGGCCUGCGGAGCGCCCUGCGCCUGCAGCACCUCCGCAGGGCGCGGCGCCCCUCGCGCGGGCAGCUGCUGGGCCACCUCCCGCGGUUCCCGCCGCCGCCGCUCCGACUCUUGUGGGCCGUGCGAGCGCCCUGCGCGGGGAGGAGGAGAGGUCCCCGAGGAGGUCACCGCCCGGGUGCUGGACGCGGGGGAGAUGUACCCGUGCUCUUCCUCGCUGUGGGACGCUGCCGUGUUCGUGGGCCACCCGUGCCUGGGCGCUGGCGUCUCCGUGAUGCUGACGUUCGUCUUCGUGCUGAAUUUCGCCGUCCAGGUCACGUUCUGCAGGAUCGUGGGGAGCUACAUGCUUGGGGACGGCUUGGACGACAGCUACCUAGACAGCCUGCUGGGGUUCCGCCUCGGCAUUGCCCAUCAGGCCAGCUUCGCCGAUAUGGUCGGUCAUCGGUCGCUGGCUCGCAUGGUGUGCGACAUGGAUCCGACGCUGCAUACAGCGGCGGCGCAGACGUCAUUCCUGUUCAGCUACGAGGGCUUCCUGGGCGGUGAUGGAUAUGGUGGGCCCGUUUUGAUGACGCUGGCGCAGUUGCUCUGGAUAGCCCUCAUCAUGAGUGAGCUGAGGUCUGUUUUUGACCAAUGGUGGGCCCUUCUGUCCAUGUCUCGUGGCCCGCACACGCUCGUGUUGAUGAGUGGCUUGCGCGUGGGGGACGAUGGGGGACCGCCGUCUCGCAGUGACCUGAAGUAUUUAGAGAGGCGGUCCGUGACUGUACGGCUGGUGAGGCUGAGCACGGCCCGCUUGUCAGGCGUUUUCUUUGGGGUCAUCCUCCCCCGACUGUUUGUGGCAGGCCUGCUUGCGAUUAUCGGCGUUCGGUUUCUGGGCAAGACCAACAGGAUGGAGGACCUGGUGCUGAAUGCAGUGGCGCUAUCAUUCAUAAUGGAUAUCGACGAGGAUUUCUUCAAAACUCUGUUGCCUCGCCGGGUGCAGACACUCGUUGCGAAUUUGGAGCCCCUUCCCCUGAACGAGGCGAGGGUCGCCAGAAGGUUUCCCAGCCUCGGGCCCGCCCUGACGGUGAUUGUCAUUCUCGGGGGCCUCGCGGCCACAGGACUGCUGGUGCUGGUCCCGUUUUAUUCCAAGCUGCACCAGGCGAAAGAUAUCCUCUGCUCUGGAGACAUCGACUUCAUCUUUUCCAGCAACGCUGCGAGCGGCGUUGUCCACGUCACCCGGUCGGUCAACCGUACAGGUAUCACAGAGACCGAGCGCAUGAUCCUGGAAGUAGCCCGUCCCACUCUCCUGUCAGACGGAUACUGGAGCGUGGCCCCCGAGCUAGUAGCGCUGUCGCACUCGGAGCAAGCGAGGGUUGCCGUUGAGCCGAACGCGUCCUCUCUGGACGAUGUUGGCUUCCACGAGCACUCCUUCCAGAAGGUGGCCCUCAUCGGUGAGUCCACGGUGGCAGAGGCGGCUGACACUCUUCCCUGCAAGGAUUUCGCGACGGGCCAGACCUUCUGGGCGAUGCAAGCGUCGCUGAGGCAACUCACCGGCGACAGCACCGUUGGCACGUGCGCCGAUGCCUCGAAGCUCGACCUCUGCGGCAAGCCGGAGUCCACGCAGCUCCGGGCCCUGUGCCCCUUCCAGUGCGGCUGUAUGAUCGCGCUGAGCAGCACGGGCCUGUUUGGCACGCCCGCGUUUGGUUGCCCGACAUCGUGUGUCCAGUAUCGCGCUGUCUAUGACGAGAUUGUCCAAGGGUAUCCAUGCGAAGAUACUGGAGAGGGGAACUUCAGUGCCGUGACGGACUACAUGCCAAACACGUACGAAGUCAGUCUGACGAUAGGCACGCGUUAUGGCUUGUAUCGGUACUCGGACUUUCGAUCUUACUACCUUGCUUAUGUCCGCGGCCUCCAGGAGUAUAUCCUGCGCAGCGCGAUCGUAUUGCAGGGUGUCCAGCGCAACAUUGAAAGUCUGGUGAUCCUCAUGAGCGUGCCUCAAGUGUGGGAGGGCUCGGCCGUGGUUCCUUUCUCGGCGCUGGAGAUGUACUCGCACGUGAUCGGCGGUGGGUUCUUCGAGGAGCUUGCCGCGGGGAACUGGACCCUCCUGCCUGGCAUUCCACAUCCGCGGGGCCUCCGGGGAUGCGACUACCUGGCGUCGUACGAGGUCAGCCUGGUGCUCAACGUGGCGCUGUGUGAAGAGGGGGUCACCUCCUCUAUCCGCCCAUGGUGCCCCAGGGCGUGCCAGUGCCAGAGCGGCAUGCCAGGGUGCCCGGCUGCUUGCGAGCAGGCAUUCGCCAUUACUGACGCAGGCUGAUCUAACCAGGGAGUCCGUGACGCUCCUCCUCCUCCUCCUCCUCCUCCUCCUCCUCCUCCUCCUCCUCCUCACCGCUCCAGGGGUCUUGGUACAAGCACUUCCUCCAGGAGCUGUCUCUUGACGUCUGCUCCUCGCUUUGGGUCUUGAGCGGCCGCGACAGAGGGUCGUGGAGUCUCGGCAGCGUCAUUGUCCUCGUCAUCGUCGUCGUCAUCACCAUCCCUGCUCCCUGCUCCCUUCUGCUCCCUCCUCCUCUUUCUCCUUCUGCUG